AUCUAUACGUAAAGAGAACUUAUAGAUUGACUGCAGAUAGGCUUAUCAAAGAUCCUCUAGAUAACAGAAGUGCAGUGCUGCAAAGCUAGUGCCAAAAACGUUUGUCAAAGAUCCUCAACAUGACAUGAUCACUCUGCUGUUUUUAUGGACCUACUGUAAAAGAAAAAGAAAAAAAAACAUAGUCAAAGAUCAUCUAUGCGACAAAGGCACUCUUUUGCCACCGGCACUGUUUUUAGGAAAAAUGCUCAUCAAAGAUCUUCUACAAAACGGGAGCCAUUUGUUGUGUAUAAAGCUGCUGCCAAAAACGCUAAUCAAAGAUCUUCUAAGGACAUGAACACAAAGAACUGCGAAGAAAAGAAGCACGUUAGUAAGGUGCAAAGUCAAAGUGAAAUAAUGUUCAAGAGUCUAACAAGUGUAAUAUUUGAUGGCAGUAACAAGUAACACUGCUGGUCACACUUGAACAACAUUCUGGAAUAUAAACUACACACACCAAGUCUGUUAAUGAAGCACGCGUGUGUGGAUCAUUCAACCAAAAAUCCUCUUCCAAGUAAAAAGUGAUCUGCUGGACUCACUUGAUGUCUGAAGAGUAGAAACAUGUCAGUCCUGCAGGAGAAUUUCAAGCAAACUGAGAUGACGACUCUGACAGAACACGCGUGUCGCAUCAAGGAGAUGCUCAGACAGGGAGUGGAGAAGCCCUACAAAUAUGUCAUCGACGUCUCCUGGGGUGACCCACACAUCUUGGGAGUGAAGCCUCUCACUUUUGUCAGACAGGUUCUUGCCGCUUGUUUUUAUCCUCAACUAAUGGACGGAGACAAACUUCCCGUGGAUGUCAAACAGCGUGCACAGAAGCUGCUAAGCUGGUGUGAGGGCAACUCUGUAGGCUCGUAUACAAACACACCUGGUAUCACCGAAAUCAUCCACUGUGUCGCUCACUUCAUCACCCAAAGAGACGGCGGCGUUCCAUCGGACCCAGACAACAUAUGGAUCCAUUCCGGCUCUCAGUGGUCACUCGCGAACAUGCUCAGGAUGUUGGUGAACAGCGAAGGGUCACCCAGGAGUGGUGUGCUGGUGCCAGUGCCGUGCCACGGCACCACCCCCUUGUCCGCGGAGUUUCUCGGGGCCGUGGUGGUCCCUUACUUCCUGGAUGAGGAGCACGGCUGGGAGCUGCAGAUAGAGGAGCUGCAUCGAGCGCUGGAGUCUGCCCAACAAGUCUGCAAACCUGUGGCUUUGUAUGUCAUCAACCCGGGGAAUCCUACAGGUCACAUCCAAAGCAGGGGAUCCAUGCGAGAGGUCAUCAGGUUUGUUUUGGAGAAGAAGCUUUUCCUUCUCGCAGAUGAGGUCUACCAGAACUGCAUCUUUGCAGAAAACACAGAGUUUGUCUCCUAUAAGAGAGUUCUGUCAGACAUGGGUCCUCCUUUUUCCGACACACUUGAACUGGCCUCCUUCCACUCGGCUUCUAAAGGCUUCCUGGGCGAGUGUGGUCUUCGUGGAGGAUAUGUGGAGCUUGUAAACAUUGACCCUCCUGCCAUGAAAUUCAUCCAGGUGCUCUUCAAUACUAGCGGCUGUCCUCCAGUGGCAGGUCAGAUUGCUCUGCAGCUGAUGGCAGACCCGCCCAAGCCUGGAGAGCCCUCCUACCCUCUUUACACUAAUGAGAUCAGACACCUAAGCAGCACCUGGCUUGGUAACAUGAAGAAAGUGGAGAAGGUUCUAAACCAGCUGGAAGGUUUCAACUGCCAGCCCAUAAAAGGAGGUGCAUUUGCCUUCCCCAGAGUGCAUCUAUCAUCAAAAGCCAUCCAGAAAGCCAAGGAAGUAGGGAUGGAGCCUGACACGUUCUACUGUGUGAAACUGUUAGAGGACGCGGGCGUGUUAGUUAGUCCAGGAUGUAUGUACGGACAAAAAGAAGGCAUCUAUCAUAUUAGAUUUUGCAUCCUGACCCCUGAAGACACAAUGGAGGAACUUCUGAGACGCAUGAGUGGCUUUCACUUACAGUUCAUGAAGGACUUUUCCUGAAUUUAACCUUUAAAAAAAAAAUCGAUGUCUGUACACAACAUUAGGUGCACUUGCACAGUCUAGAGCAGGGGUAUUCAUUGUUUUCCAGGCUAAGGACCCCCAAACUAAGGCAGGGAUGGAGCGGGGACCCCCUACUAAUAAAUCUUGUAAACAUUUUUUUUAAAUUGAACUGGCACUAAAAGAUGCUUGUGCUUUUUUGUUAUAAAUGAUAAAUGGGUUAUACUUGUAUAGCGCUUUUCUACCUUCAAGGUACUCAAAGCGCUUUGACAGUAUUUCCACAUUCAUCCAUUCACACACACAUUCACACACUGAUGGCGGGAGCUGCCAUGCAAGGCGCUAACCAGCAGCCAUCAGGAGCAAGGGUGAAGUGUCUUGCCCAAGGACACAACGGACGUGACUAGGAUGGUAGAAGGUGGGGAUUGAACCCCUGUAACCAGCAACACUCCGAUUGCUGGCACGGCCACUCUACCAACUUUGCCACGCCGUCCCUUGUGUUGGAAAACAAAUUUCUGAUCCAAACUCUUAACCAUUAACUAGCUGCUAACUGAGA